GAAGUAAGUAAUAUUUGACUCAAUUGAGAUGUAUCGAACUUCAAAAAGAUUUAUUCAAGAAUUAAUGUAAGAAGUGGAAAAGGGUUCUUUAUAAAUGCCAAUCGAGUUCAAAGAAUCAACAUCUCAUGUUUUAGUUUCGUUUGCAUUAUUUCCACCAAAAUUGAAGUCAUAUCACGUGAAAUUGAGGCUGGUGAAAGUGGUUGUACCCACAACGGACCUCGACAACAGCCACAGGUUGACAUCUGGGUGGGCUAGUGCAACAUCAACACUUUGGGAAUUGUAUGAGAGUACAAGAGAAUUGUGGUUAAAGGACCAAGUUAUAAGGGUUUUGGUUGAUGCUUGCGAUAUUGGUGAUGGCUCGUUCAUAUAUUCUUGGUCGCGAAGUAUCAAUAGGAACAGAACUAAUACACUAGUUCUCUCAAUUUUCAACAGCUAAAUGACUGAAGCCCUAAGCAAAGGCCGAGAUCUAUUCAUUAUUGUGCAAUUUUGUAGGUCUAUUAUAUUAGGAAAGCUAAGUUUGAAGAAUGUUUAAUUAGUUGAAGCUCAUGAAACUUUAGGUAAGCCAUGUGUUUCGACUUUUAAAGCAGAAGCUCAUAGAUGAUAUAGCUGAUAACCAUUAGAACAAUUAGCUUCUUUUCAAACACAAAAA